CCCUCUUGUGCUUAAGAUGUCAUUAGAAUCUGUUCCUGGCUUCCAGCGCAUUGCAGGGUGUUCCUGUCUGCUUCACUUCCUCCCACAGCCUUUUACUGUGGGUUGGAAUAGCAGGAAUUCAGUGAGUCAGAGGCUCUGGCCCAGGGUUGAAGCUGUGAGCAUCCAUGUGUGUCUCCAAUUUCCACGGAGCCCCUCUUACCAUGUCUGAGGGCUGGGAAGACUGGCCACUGCUGGGCCAGGGCUGGAAACGGAGGACAGCCGUCCGUAAAUCUGGACAGUCCUGUGGACAGACAGACACUUACUAUCAAAGUCCCACUGGGCAGCGCUUCCGCAGCAAGCCUGAGCUGGCCAAGUUCUUGGGAGAAUCCGUUGACCUGUCAUGCUUUAAUUUCAAACACGGAACUCUGAUCCCACCAGAGAAGAGGAAGAAGAAUAAGAAAAAGAAGAAGAAGACAUCUCCAUCGUCUCCAGCGACCCCAACAUCUCCAGGGAAGACGGAGAAACUAUUAUUUCCUCUUCAGUCUUCUGAUGAGCACCAGCAAAAUGGGAAGAAGGAUAAGUCGGUGGUCGCGUGCUGCACUAAGUGCAAGGUUUGGUACUCUGGAGUCGAGUUCGGCCGUUCAAAGCAAACCGUUUGGUACUGUGCUGACUGUCGCGCUUCUCGAAGAGCAUUUAACAAGGAACAGAAGCGGCUGAAGAGCAUCGGCUGUGGUAAAUGUGCUGCAUGCAGUUUGACAGAGAACUGUGGUUAUUGUUCGAUAUGUCUCCUCCGUUCCCACAACCCUGAAUUCGGAAGCUCCUGGAAAUGCAUGAAAAGGCGCUGUCAGAAGGCUAUCCAAAAGCCAGGUGACUGUGGAGAGUGUCAGGGCUGCACUGCAACAGAGGACUGUGAAACUUGUUUUGUGUGUUUAAAGAGGCAACAGAACCCAGAGCUGGAGAUCAAUAGGAAGUGUGUGAAACGUAGAUGCCAAAAAAAAGUGACGAAAUCGGAGUCCAAAUUAUCUGUAAUGAAGGAUUUUGGCGCCAAAAAAUUAAAAACACUGGUAACCGCUGUUUACCUUCCUGGCGGAAUUCUGCCCGUGCGCACAGAAAAAAAAAUCACCUACUUGUACGUCCACCUGCCGGGAAGCGUCCGCCCUUAUUUUUAUGAUGGGCAGACGAUAAGGAAAUGGAGAUUAAUGUCAGAACGUGAUGGGAGCAGUCUUCCAGUUAAGCAUAAGAAGGUAGGCCGUCGCAAGAACCGAAAAUGUGGCACGUGUGAGGCCUGCCAAAGGAAACUGGACUGUGGCGAUUGUGACUUCUGCCAGGACAAGCCCAAAUUCGGCGGCCGUAAUCUUAAGAGGCAGAAGUGUCGCUGGCGUCAAUGUCUGCGGUUUGCCUCGGAAAAAUAUAUCCCUGUGAAUCUCAAGUCUAGCAAUCACCCUGUGAUCCUCGAGCGGCUUCAGAGAGAGAAGUUGGCUGCUGAUGAGACGGAAAAAGACGAGAAGAUGGAGACAUUGCAACCAAAACUGGAUGUGAAGCUUACACCUAGGUUGCCGAUUAUAAAGCUCGAACGGCUGGAUUACAAAAAUGGAGGCUUCACAGCAACCAAUGAUGGUGGUGGCUGGAUCAUUGGCAAAGUGGAGACCAAACCGAUAAAACAGGAGUGCAAAGAGAGCAAUGAAGUCGUUCAGGAAAUACAAGAGGAACCUCUGGAUCUUCACUGCCCGGUGAAAUCGGAAGAGUUUAUUGUAGAGACCGACGAUAUAGAGGCGGCUGAUGAGAGCACUCCAGUGAUUACACAGAUCUUCAGCUUUGGUUCCUUAAACGCCAAAAACAGCCUUGACCCUGUUCUGCAAGAAAUGUUGAUGGAGUUGAAGGAGAUCCCCUUGCCGGCCCACUGGGAGAUCCUGUCUAACAUAGGCCCCACUUUGCAGUUGGUGCAGAGGUCAAAAGCCUCAACCAUGGCAGAGACAGUUGUUCACAUUCAACCAGGACUUUACUUUCAUAUUGUCGUCAGAGAAUACACUGUACCGUCCUUCCAUGAACUCUACGAAACCCACCCGAGUCGGCUUACCACUGUGGAUGAAGUGGUGGAGCUAAUCUGUGACCUUGAAGCUUAUCGUCCUUGUGCAGGCCUUCCCAGACAAGGGCCCCGUUCUCCAAAUUGUCAAGUACUAGUAUAUGGAGAAUGGUGUCCAGAGUGCAGCUUAAAACCUUGGCCUUCGGGAUUUGUGCGCUGAAUCGGGGAAGGUGAUGGUGAGCCGAAGCUCAGGGACAAAGGAACUGCUUGUGAGAGAUCAUAAGUGAAGUGUUUUGGAUUAUACAAGAGCGCGUCUGAGACCUUCACAUAAGAAGAACCUGUGUAAUACUUAGCAGUGGUUCAGCAUUGUGGAUCAUUUACCCCCCUUUACCACCACAUGAAACUGCACUGUACUAUCCUGCUGGAUUAAUAAGUUGUAUGCAUAGGUAGAUGAUGUGUUAGCCAAAGAUGAGCCAAUAAUGGACCUUUAUGGUUGUCCAAUAGAUAGCACGGGUUUACUGAAGGAAAAUGGUGUAUGGUUUGGAAUCCAAGCUGAAUGUAAGGAGAUUAGCUUGUUUUAGCAAAUGGUCAGUUCAUAACUAGGCGUCACUAACCUGGCAAAGAAGUGAUGCCUCAUCCAUCCCAGUUUCAGUACCGUGGACCAAAUAAAAGCCAUGUCUGUAGAAAUGGAGGUUUUAAUGUAUUUAACUGCAGGGAGCCAAUUUAUGGAGAAAUGCUGCAGGACAAAAAGUUUA